GUCGACUUAUCGCAUAUCAUGCCCCAUUUAUAAUUCUCCUUCUCUCUCCUCUUCCUCUUUCCCUCCCUCUUUUGCAUCCGCGUGCAAUGGCGGGAAAUAUUCCGCUCGAUGUCGCUGGCGUUCUUUCGGUUUGGUUUGAGACGUUAAUAUAUGGAAUCUAUACUUGUCUUUUCCUCUCUUCCUUUUAUAUGACAUUGAGGAAGGGAAUGUUGCACUCGAGGCCCUCCAAGAUUUUUUUCGUUGCCACCCUCGUCAUGUGGAUUAAUUGCUCGGCUCAUGUUGCCGUCAACCUUUACCGACUUCUUCGUGGAUACGUUUAUCUACGGGAAACUGUUGGUCCCACCAAUUAUUUCAACGACCUUGGCCGCCCUGACAAAGUUGUGGCCGGCGUGUUGAACGCUCUAAUGACCUGGAUGGGCGAUUCGCUCGUGAUAUAUCGAUGUUACCUGGUCUGGGAUAGCAACAUAUGGGUGGUCAUUCUCCCCAUCAGUUUACUUAUCGUCAGUAUCAUUUCGAAUUGCGUGGCGCUCUACAUGUUUACCAAGGUCCCUCUCGGCACAAUCUUUGGACCAGCCUUGGUUCAUUGGAUGAACACCAUUUACGCCACGGCGUUCGCACAGAACGCCCUAACGUCGAGUCUCAUUGCUUAUCGACUAUGGAAACAGGAAAAAAAUUCUCGAAGAGCAGGCAUACGUUCUCAGGGCUCGAGCAGUAAUCUCAUUCCAGUGGCCAGGAUUGUCGUUGAAUCUGCAGCACUCUAUAUGGCGCUAUUGCUCUGCCUGAUUGUGUUGUAUAUACAAAAUAAUAACGGGCAAUUUGUCUUGCAAGAGGCUUCACCUCCCGCUGUCGGGAUUGUGUUCUGUUCUAUUUCGGUCAGGGUAUCCAUGCGUUCACAUAAAAUGUGGAGAACGACCGCCAGGGCUACCGAAACUCACCUGUCUUUCGACAAUAAUUUGGUGAGUGAGCAAUCGGUGGGUACUGGAGGACUCCCAAGAUCUAUCUCUAAUGCGACGGUCACUCGAACAUCGGGGGAGCAGGAGAAAGGAGCGGGCACGCUGAACAACGUCAUUCCUGGCAGCAGAACAACGAGUACCGGGUCGUCGACAGAACAGGAGAAUAAUGACACACCAUGAAGAAAAGGAGUCGAAGUAAGACUUGCUGGCGGUGAAAAGACUGGAAAUUUGGAAAAACGGGAUGCAAGUGUUGGAUUUCACCGAUAAUAAUACAUCGACCAGGGUACUGGGGGGGGAUCGUAAGUUUCAUUUCUUUACGAAAAGGGUUUGUAUUCAUAUCUUCGGCGUGCUAUCUGUUGUUCGCCUCUCCCAUAUACUUGGGAGUCCUGUCUCAGAACUCCCAUGUGGACUCGAACCAUUUUUUCCCCUUUGCCCUGGUCCAGGGGGCAGCGGAUUCACCUGAAAUUUAAGGAGCGCGGAGGCUAUCACGAUGUGUUGCUGGUGGUCAGGCGACGGUAACACCGUCGCAAGGGUCAGGCUUGAUCAAGUAAAAGUCUGACUGGCUAAGGUGAAGCCACUCUGCAAUAGCAUGCAUCAUUCACUUGCCAGGGUUCCCGCGCCGGGGAGCUUUGGUUUUCAGCGCCAGACGCCUGUCUAUGUUCUCUUCUGUCGGUACAUCCAGGUAAGGUGAUUUCGAAGUUCUCGAUUAUGAGAUGCAUUAUCGCUUUUGCCUUGUUACCUUGGUUUUACCGCCCUUCCGAUUUUUGCCACACUGGAAGUCUAGAAUAGAACUAGUCCUACUUCGGCCCAACUGCCAUCAACAUAACCUCUCACUAAUCCAUGCAAUACUUUAGUGAAAUUCUCCUCGAUAGCAGGGCCGUGCUGCAACUUUUUUGGCGGCAACCUUCCCGAGAUUAUGAUGUUGUUGGUACCGGUGUCACUGGCGCGGAUGUAGCGCUGCGGUAGCC